UAGGCAUCACAUAAUUAACACAUUGUCUUAGUCAAUGUAUUUUUUCAUUUUGUCUGAUAUGGCGUGAUAUUUUUAGGGUUGAAAAUGUAUAUAAAAGUAGCUUAGGUGUCACAUACAAUAGUGUUUCAAUAUCAAACAGUUGUAAAAUUGAGCAGUAAUCAAAAUGAAAUUCAUUUUCGCCUUGAGUUUGUUCGUUCUUAUGGCAGUAGUCUACGUCGAUGCAAGACCUGGUAACGACGAUCAGAUGCUACAAACUGCAACUGAAGUUGGUCAGAAGCUUAGAAUGUUAGUAGUCAAAAUGAUGACAAAGGUUCGUCAACAAGUCUCUGAAUACUUGGAAAGAGAUGGUCUUGGUGAAAAACUUAAAUCUGUUCUCCUCAUCCUUAUUCAACGUUUAAAUAACCGCUUAGAUAAUUAUGCAUCAAAGAUGGAUUAAACGUUACUGAUGACUACAAUGACGUCCUCGGUUUUCCUUUUUUGUCCGUCUGUUAUCGGUAUCAUACUUUGAAUGCAUUCAAAUUUUGUUCUGAACACUAUUUUACUACUCAACACAUAUAUAUUGUUCUGCGUUAAUUCCAAUGAAAAUCGACAAUUCGAUUGUUCAAGUCAUGUGUAAUUCCUUAAUAUAUAUUAAUAUUUUAUAUACAUAUACAACAACAUUUGUGUUUAAUAUUUUCAACAACAUUCACCUUUUCUCUUCUUUUCUACAAUAAACAUAUAUAUAUAUAUUGAA